AUGGCUUCUGAAGAAGCUGCAAGGGGUGCUUCCUCCCAGCCACAUCCACCUGUUACUCACCUGACAUCAGACGCCCACAAACUGGUUCUAGCCACAAUCAAGAACAUCGACCACAGGCCCCUCAGGCGAUUUCCCUCCUUUCGUUCUAACCAGCCCUUUCGAGGAACGCGACCAGGAGGACGAGGCCGCGAUUUCAGACCCUAUGAUUCCAACGCAUUCAGGGGCUCCUGGAACCGACGCCCCCAGGGCAGAGACCUACGGCUGGCUGGUCAACUUCGACAAAAGCCAUCUCCAACCAACCCAACGCCUACUACAUCUUGGGGCAAUGUUGGACACCCUGCAGGCAAUGGUCUUCCUGUCUCCAGAUCGCAUCACUGCCAUCACAAGCAUCGCAAGGUCCCUGAUGCAACAAACAUCCGCAGACGUCAUGCUUCUCGCCAGAGCGCUCGGGAUGUUUAUCUCCACAAUCCACAUUGUACCCUGGGCUCGAGCUCACACUCGGCCCCUUCAGUGGACUCUGUUGCCUUUUCAAAAAGACAUUGCCAGCUCCAACCAUCGCAAAGUUCGUUUGAGCCCCACUCUGCGCCUCUCCUUCCGCUGGUGGACCAAGGUUCAACACCUCUCCAAGGGCACGUCGUUCAGAGAACCCCGCAGAACCGUCGUGACCACAGACGCCAGCCUCAUAGGUUGGGGAGCCCACUGCAACUCCCAGUAUGUUCAGGGGGUUUGGCCCAACGCAGAGCGAGCUCGAAGCAUCAACUGGCUGGAACUAAAGGCUGUCCACUUGGCUCUAUGUCAUUUUCAGUCUCUGUUCCCUUUGCCUCAUGUGCUCAUUCGAACAGACAACACGUGUGUAAAAUCACAUUUGAACAGACAAGGGGGCACCAGGUCUCGUCCUCUGCAGGACUUAGCCUCCCUCAUCUUUGUCUGGGCAGAACAACAUCUACAAUCCCUGAAAGCAGAGCACCUCAAAGGGAUUUUGAAUGUGACAGCAGACUGGCUCAGCAGACAACAGGUCUUCCCGGGAGAAUGGAAACUUCAUCCAGCCAUUUUCCAUCGUCUCCAGUGUCGGUUCGGCGCCCUCUCAGUCGACCUGUUUGCUUCCAGUCACAAUUGCCAGCUUCCCAGGUACUUUGCCCGAUACCUGGACUCAACAGCAGAAGCAGUGGAUGCUCUGACAACACCGUGGCCAGACGGUCUAUUGUACGCCUUUCCUCCCAUACCAUUGUUAGCCAAAACCUUGAGGAAGGCGCGAACCGAAAGGGCACAGCUGGUUCUGAUAGCACCAUUUUGGCCACGCCGUCCGUGGUUCUCAGAUCUUCUGGCAAUGUCAAUGAUGGACCCUUGGACACUUCCAGUAACGCCAGACCUCUUAUCCCAGGGUCCAGUACUGCACCAGGACCCUACUUGGCUCAAUCUAACAGCGUGGCGUUUGAACGGAGACACUUGAGGUCAGCUGGACUGUCUGACGCUGUGAUUGAUAUUAUUUUGGCCUCGAGAAGACCAUCUACCACUCGCAUUUAUCAACAUACCUGGGUGGCUUUCUCCAAGUGGUGUCAGUCCCACCACCACGAUCCAUCCCAGGCCAAUGUGCACCAGGUGCUCCAAUUUCUCCAUAGUGGCUUUAUGAUGGGACUUCGACCCAACACUCUACGUCGACAUGCGUCUACUCUGUCAUCCAUUCUCUCAGUGUCCUCUCCUGGAGAUCAUAUUUCCUCACAUCCGUUCAUAAAACGUUUUUUGAGGGGAGUCGCCCUACGCUCUCCGGCUGUUGUCCAUCGGUUCCCCUCAUGGAGUUUGCCGAAAGUUCUGCAGGCUUUGCAACGCCCUCCGUUUGAACCCAUCAGAACUGUGCCCCUACGUAUUCUGUCCUUCAAGGUCCUGUUUCUGAUUGCAAUCACAUCUGCCAGACGCGUUUCGGAGUUGGGCGCAUUGUCUUCCGCUAGACACCUCUGCGUCUUCCAUAAGGACUCUGUUGUGCUGAAGACUGACCCUUCCUUUCGUCCCAAGGUCGAUUCAGUUUUUCAUUGCAACCAGGACAUUGUUUUGCCUUCCUUUUGCCCGAAUCCUACCCAUCCUCUCGAGAAGGCUUGGCAUUCGUUGGAUGUCCGGAGGGCUCUCAAGACCUACCUGUCUAGGACCCAAGAGAUUCGACGAACGGAGUCUCUGUUUGUAUCCUUUCAUCCAGGGUCUAUGGGGCAUAAAGUAUCCAAUCCUACCUUAUCCCGUUGGUUAAGGGCAUGCAUUACCUUAGCAUAUGAGUCCCUGAAGCUGCCAGUUCCUGCUAGUAUAACAGCUCAUUCUACUAGGUCAGCUGCCACUUCGGCUGCUUUUGCUACUAAUGCUCCUGUUGCCGAUAUUUGUAGGGCCGCAGUCUGGUCUUCCCCACACUCGUUUAUAAGACAUUAUAAAAUUGAUCGUUAUGCCUCUGCUGAUGCUUCUUUUGGCAGACGAGUGUUGCAACAGGUUCUUAAUGAGGAUUAACAUGUGGGUGGUCCCUCCCUAUAUGGGUUGCUUUGGUACAUCCCACAGUGAUGGCCCACUUCCUAUGGAAAAUGUACCAUUGGUCUCACCUGAAAGGUGAUUUUCAUAGGAAGGGGCCAUCACGACCCUCCCAGUUGGAGGAUGACUAGUGAUUUUAUCAAUGGGUUAUAUGUUAUUGUUUCCAUAUUAUAUUUAAAUGUAAGAGUGAAGUCAAGACUUUUAGUUCUGUUAUGUUAUGUAGUUAGGUUAGAGUCAUGUUGUUAUGCAUGUGACUAUUAUGUUAUUUUCCUGGCGGGCCUGUUGGCCUUGUUCUUGUAUUUUUAGAUAUCUCUUUUAGACUCGCUAUGAAUGAACUGGAGAGUGGGAGGGGCAUGACGUCCCUAGUCUUGACUUCAAAAACAUUCUUGCCUUCGCACGAUAGGUGGAACUGUUACCCACAGUGAUGGCCCCUUCCUAUGAAAAUCACCUUUCAGGUGAGACCA